GACGGCGCCCCCAGCGCCCUGGACGACGACGUCGUGGCCCACCUGGCGGAGCUGGCAGCGUCGCUGGCGGAGGACGCCGAGGACCCAGGAGGGGUCGGGGGCGGCAGGCGGACUUCGAGGAGACGGCGCUGCCGCUGCUGGAGGACGCCGAGGUGGCCCCGGAGGAGGCCGCCGCGUUCUGCACGCGGGUGGUCUCCGCGGUCUUCGGCGCCUUCGCGCCCCCGGCCCGCGGCGCGGCGACGACAUCUUCGCCCGAGGCGCGGCCGGACGCGCUGGUGCACUGCCCGAAUCUACUGCUCAUGUACGGGGGCAGCCCGACGCCGCUGCUCAGGAACGCGACGCUGGAGCUGCUCCGCGGCCACAGGUACGGCGUCAUCGGGUCGAACGGCACUGGCAAGACUACGAUGAUGUCCAGGAUAGCGAGCAAGGAUAUCGUCGGGUUUCCGCAGGAGCUGAGAGUCGUGCACUUGCGCGCCGAAACCUUCCUGCGAGGCGUCGCGCCCUCGACCAGCGCGAGGGAGUACGCGAGGCUGAAGAACGCGGGCGACUCGUCGGCAUCGGACGCUGAGGUGGCGCGGACCCUCAAGGACGUCGGCUUCAACAACGAGGAGAUGCUGAGCAAAGCCGUUGGCUCCAUGAGCGGCGGCUGGCAGAUGCGGCUCGCCUUGGCGUGCGCGAUG